CGCAAUCAGUGUAACUGUUGCGUGAUAAUCCUUCGAGCGCACUCAAGAUGGCGACACCCAGUCGUGAGAAGGCGGCGCGCAACAUUCUCAAGCAAAGGCAUGUUACCCCGUACAAAAUGAACAAUCGAGAUGCACUCAUAAAGCAGAGGGAAUGCGGUUGGAAUGAUCACUACUUGCUGCCACUGCAGCCGAGCGACGAGGCCUCAGCCAAAGCCAAGAAUGGCACCAAUUAUGUUUCCGCUUCGUUCACAGAUCUUCCAGGACCGGAGAACCAAAACCACCUUCGUAGCGGCGGCUUCCUGAAUAAAGCUAAGAAUCCAAGACCGCGAAAAACACCACCAAACGGCAAGUUGGAGCCCAUUCAAGUACCGAAGCCAAUACGCGAGGCUGAUCAUGGAGAUGCCCAAUUACGGCGACGAGCAGUAGCUUCGAUCGAAUACCGAGAAGAGAUUAUCAAGCAAUUGUCGGAUUUUAUUACAUGCAUUCCAGUCAAAGUCCGACAAAAGGGACACGUGCAUGUGCAUGGAGCGAAGCCACAUCAAAGUUUACCCGCGAACUUGAAGCCCAAAGAUAUCACGAACAUCAUCAAACAAAUUUCCACCGAAUUGCAAGUCGCUGGGAUUCGAUGUGUUGAGUCUAUUGUGGCAUGGAUGCUUCACCAGCGCAACGCGUCCGAGACACCCCCUGUAUUCGUUUGGAAGCAACAAAACUACUUUGUGCACAUGUACUCGGACCUCGACUUUCUCGUCGACGAGCUUCGAUCCCGAGGUAUCCCUAUCCCGCCGGAAUUCACAAAAUCCAACCCCCUGCUCGUGAAUUCGAAUCAACGCCUCGGGCGAGUUUGCGCAGCACAGUCGAUUGUUGUCGAGAUGGUGGAAAUGGCAAAAGUUCACCAUCGCCCAUCGCCAAGCAGUCCACCCACCAGUAAACUGUCGACACCCCCUUCCGCUCAAAGGGCCAGAAACAACUCAAGGUCGUUGGUGCGUGGGGAUGUAGGCAGUGGAAGCAACGCUCUGGUCAACAGCACGAGUUCCGUGGACAAAAGUCAAGAAAACAGCACACCAACCACAACAAGGGACCGAGAGUGUGUCUUGGAUCUAAUGCAUUCUGAGACUGGCGCCUUGCACCAAGAUGUACCAUGUCUUAAGGACGAUUCUAAAUCGUCCCUACGACGCGAUAUCUCUCACGAAGGAGCGACAAGCAAUGCACAAACACACCUCCAAGAGCCACCAGCCCCCGACGCAUCCUUCUCUCAAGACAAUAACUCGCACGCAAACCUUGGGAGUAUUCAAAACCAAGAAAUGCAUGCCCUGGACGAGGCAAUCCAAGACACGUUACCCUCGCACCCCAACCAUGACAUACCAGCAUUCACCGGUAUCCCAGUCAUCACACGUUACCCAGCCCCCAGGAACCACGAUGAAGGGAAUAACCAGCCUAAAUCGCAUCCCAUGUCUUGGCAAGAAUCACUGGCAAACAUUCCCAUACCAGCCAGCGCAAUUGCAGCACUGAGCUCGUGCUUGGAACCAAACGAGUGGAAUUCCACGUCGGUGCUCCACAUUCUGCACGACAGUCGCGCUUGGUUUGCCGCUGAUUUGAUUGGCAUCGUUUGCGUUGUGGACCAAAAUCUGCGCAUUGUGUGUGCGAGUGUGCUGGACGUGAUCGACACAGCCAUGGCGCAACUGUUGGUAUCGUUGCAAUGCUUCGUACAAAGCAACUCAUGUUCGGCCGCGGAAAUCGAAGUCGACGACAUCUUGGACGCGUUGACGUCGUCCGUGCAUCCCCCCGACGUCCUCGUCAGCAUGGCGCUCGAAGUUGCACAACAACUUGCAAUGGUGCAGCCGUCGAUGGUCGAACGGUUGCGAUCGCCCAAAUCCGCCGAGCUCUUGCGCUACUUGUACCCGUUUAUCAUGAGCGACAAAUCAAAAGCGAGUUCGUGCUGCCAAAUGUUCGCGAUGUUGGCACCGAUUGUGGAUUUUGCCGUGCAUCCAUAUCUCCUAGACUACCUGGGCAAAGGGAUGCUCGUCAUGGCCAAUAUCUCCAUCGACUCCACGCUUUCCAAACUGUCGAUCGUGUGCGAUCGGACUCACCCGUUGACCACCAGCAUACACAGUAUUGACGACGCAACUGGGUGGAACUCGCUGUUUGACUUGUACCCGUUCUUUGCCUCCGCAUACGGAGAAAAAAUGGUCAACCACACCCUUGUGGAAGCGGGAGAGGGCAGAGGCCCGUUGAAGGAAUGGUUCAGCCUCGUUUGGCGCGAGUUGUCCAGUUCGUGGGCGCGAUCCUCUUCGCUGCCGACCCCGAAUCGCACACUGACAAUCCACGGUCGUACAGUGCAUGCGCCGAACAUGGUUGACACUUGGGGCGUGCAAACUGGCCAUCGAGUGGAUGUGACCAUGCCGAACAGAGCUUCGACUUCGUGUCGCGUGGUCCAGCUGGUGGAUGGCAACUCUGUGGUGGUGGAUCAGACUCUCUCGACCGACGACGUAGUUGUCGACAGUGCAGACUUGACGUGGUUCACCCCCCAAGCUCCGAUUUUCUUGUACAUUCAAGACUCGGAAAGUUACUUUUUGAACGAAGUGACCGCGCAAGCGAGGACCAAGGAUCUCGAGUUUGUUGGCUGGCUGGUUGCCAUGGCGAUGUUCCAUCAAGUGACGCUUGAAUGCAGACUCAACGUCGUCUGGUUUGACCUGUUGCUGGGGGCAGAGCUGACGUUAAGUCACAUCCAUGCCUUGGAUCCGUCCUUGCACAGCUCAUGGACGCAGCUAAGCUCGAUGGAUAACUUGCACGCAUUUCUCGAAAUGGAGGAAUUGCCUGCCACCAUGACCGCCGUCGAAUACGUCAACCACGCUCUGCAAGUCAAGGCGACGACCUUCGCGUGGCAGAUUCACGCCGUACGAAGGGGCUUCACGAAGGUGCUUCCCCUCGCUGGCUUGAAACAGUGCAUGAUGUCCCCGCAAGACUUUCAAUUCCUGGUGCAUGGUGAAAUUCCAAGCGAGUAGUACAGCAUACCUCUACCAAUCCCACUCUAACUAUGUACUAGUCCUGGCCACAUCAACUUGCGCUCAAUUUUCCUCGUGUCGAUGGACAAAGAGUUUGAGGAGUGCAAACACUUCCACGAUGCGUUUUGGCAAGUUGUCGACGCCAUGACACCCGUGGAAACGCGGAAAUUCGUCAAAUUUGUCACGGGGGUCGACAAACUGCCCAGUCCAGGCACCGAGUUUCUUCGAAUUGAAAUCCCACACACGGCAAUUGGCAGCUCGGAGCGACGAAAGCAGCUGUUGAUGUUGCCUCAAUCCCACACUUGCGACAACAUAUUGGAAUUGCCAAAUUACUGGGAUGGGUUGCGCGCGACAUACGACGGACAUUCCCCACCACUCGACGAGCUUGUGACUGUCCUUCGACACAAAUUAAUGUACUCUGUCGACAAUGGAGGCGACUAUGGUCUCGACGUGACAGCGGAGGGACCCGGGCGAGCAAAACGUGAAGAAGCCCAAGAAGAGCACGACGCAUCUACUGACUCGCUGCAGUUGCCGUCGUUGAUGGAGGACACGGCACCUGAAAUACCAGAAUUGGCGAUCGACGUCUCCGUUCUACUGCCUCAGAACAACGUGGUUCAAGCCACCUUGGAUACACCGAGCGAUGAAUCAGCCACGAAAGGUACUUCCAACGCCCCAUCAAUACAACCUAUAAGUGGGGUCGACGACAAUACCCCCAGAGCGUCGCACCACGACGGCGACGACGAGUACAGCUUUGACGACUUUGAACAGGUUGAAUAAUGUUAAGCACGUUGAAAAUAACAUGUUCACAUCCAUG